AUAGGGUAUCUCAAGCUAUGGAACUACCAGACGCAUUGCUUGGUCCUCAAUCACUGGUUUGAGAAGCUUGCGCCGAACGUAAGAUGAGCGAAUUCAGGCGAGAAGAGGUUGACAUGGCCGCCCGACGCCAGAAAGUGACUAAACGUUAUUCGUAAAUCAGCGCAUGCUCUAACCGGCACCUGCACAGCUCCAUGGAUGAAUGAAAAUGUCCACACACAGAGCUGAGUCCGUUCAAUUACAUGCACAUUUAUCUGGGCAGAUACGUUCAUGGAAGUGAGAGACGAGUGAAUCUCGAGUGGCAUGUGGAUGUUGAUACGAAUCUCAUCCGGCGCACGCUUUUUCGAGCCUCUACUAUUUGACAAAGGAAGCGCGACAGUGUCAGGGCGCACGCGCCAGAACAACUUUUACGUUAUUGAAAGGAUGCAAGGGUGAAGCGAAGCGUGUCCAAUGCUGCGAAUAAAGUUCACAACCUUUUCCAAAACUGAGAGGGAGCAGCACAGGAACGUGAUGCAAUCCUACAAAACUGGCACGGGUACUUUAGCCCGUAUUCAACAAUACAAAUGUCUAUCCGUUGGGGUGUAUACGGUUGCACCCCUAUCCCCCCUUUCCACAUAGGUGAUUGCUUUUUCCAGUGACGGGAAGCUGAUGGGAAUUGGCUUUGGAAAUGGUCAAGUGAAGAUUUAUUGCUUCAAAGAGGAACUUUUGAGAGAACUCUGUCGGAGUAACGAAGACGUGAUAGAUAAUCAGGCAUUCCCCAUCAGGAAAGAGGCGGCUGAGGAGGAGAAACAAGACAAAGUGCCAGACUCGAUCAAGAACAAAGGCGACGAACAGACACUGACAGAAGGGCCCGGCGAAACCUCCCCUGGGAGAAAUCCUGAGGGUCACGUUAUGGUGGAGCUCAUGAGCAGCUUAAUCAUCAGUGCGGCCACUGUGAUCGAGCAGCAAGCAGUCCCGAAAGGAUGUCUAGCAAUCCAACCCGGGGAGACCACUCUCGCUCCGACGCACGGCGGGGUACUGAAUAGUGUGGCUGACGUAUCCUAUCGCCACAAAAGGGUUCGCAAGCAGCAUGACUGCGGUAAUGAAGGCGAAGAUGAUGCACAGGCUCCUGGAGACGAAGAGACUGAACAGCACUUCCUCGUAUUCGCCUGUGCAGAAAGACUCAUCGGAAUGAUUCAGAAGCCUUUAGACGGAAACCCUUACAAAGCGAUAAGCAUGGUAGCGCACCCGAAGGAGAUCCCCGCUGUAGCCUUGGAGCGCCUGAAAACGAAAACGAGUAAAGAGUUUCUCUUUACAUGUGGAGGAACGGAUUUCACAAUCUGCCAGUGGAAAUUGAACCCUUCAGUCCUCAUGGCCAACGUGCAAAGAAGCGGAGAUGGAACUCAGCCCUUCAAUCAGUUGAUUCCCGGAGGCGCGGAGGGGGAGUUUUACCGAAACAUGAAAGACUACUUCUACUACUGCCAGAUUCGAUCUGAAGGCGAGCGCACCACGAAGAGCCGCAAGCUCGACGGCACAGUGCCGCUGACGGAACUGGCUAAUUUGCUGUGCGCAGUCGGCGAGUGCCCAUCUCACAUGGACAUUCAGAAUCUAAUUGCUGAGUGUGAAAGCCGUCCGGUCGAAAACCGACCAGCGCCUUCGUUGGAGCUACACCGAGCCGCUGGAGACCCGAAACGGAGAGUUUCUUUCGAAGAGUUUCUCCAGCUUUAUGUGAAUCACCGCGCCGUGAUCAGCGCCGGAUAUGAAGAGGUUGUCAGUGCUCUUCGUGUCCUUCAAAAGAAGAAUCACAACUCACCGUUAACUCCCGAGUUCCUGAUGCAGACUCUUUCCAAGGUAUCGAAAUAUUUCAAAAAUUGAGUAGAAUGGUCACACAUACAAAGUUCGAAACAGAAACCCGUUCAGUUAAAGACUCCCAGCUGCUCUCAUUUUAUCGGCACAGACACCCGUGUGGUUCACUUUAUCAAAAUGGAGGAUGUCUCGUGAAUAGGAAUUGUGCGUCUGCAGUUGUUUCCGCCGCUUCUACUGGUGGAUAUUGACAAACGUUUAAUAACAAUGGUCUUAAGCAUGAUGUAUCAGGCGGCUCCCCGUCACAUUUCAGAAACACUUUUGACGCUGUCAUGCGACCACUUCUCUUUGUUGUGAGGCCCGGAUUCACAUAUUUCAAAGCACACAUAACGUAGUUUCGAGAGUGGUACACGCCUCUGGGCAACCGUGGGUUUACGCCGGCACACAAAACAUAAGAGGAAAUUUCCGGCUUCGUUCCCGUAUGCACAGGUUGGAGAAAAGAUGCAUGAGUCGGAAUUCGAGAGCUGUAUACAGACCCUGUGCGGUACGACAUCUUUGGCAGACUUCCUCAAAAGCCCGGUCAUCGACGAGGAUGCGUUCGCUCGGAAAGUUCUGCUCCUUGAACCCCUUAACGAGCUCUGUGAUGACUGCCACGCCGGCGAGGAAAGUUGAGAGAAGCCAACUUUGU